GCAGCGAUUGGCUGGGGUCGGGGAGAGGGGCGUGGCCCGUCGUCCGCGGCAGCCUCCGCGGGUCUGGAUGGCGGGUGAGGGCGGAUUGGGGUGUCUGUCUCUCUCGGCGGUAGCGGUGGAAGUCUCGCGAGGCGGGAUUUGGCGGCCGCGGCGGUGGUGGCUGCUGCCUGUUUGCCUCCCACCCUCCCUCCUAACGAGGCGCUGGUGUUUGUGUGGAAGAAGCCGGGGAAGGCAGGGAGGAGGCGGCGGCAGCAGCAGCCGGAGCCCGGCCGGCGUCGUGUGCAGGCGGCGCAGAGGCCCCGAGGCGGAGGCCCACAGCUGCCGGGGGCUGCCCCCUCAGCCGCCGCCAUGGCCUCGGGAGACACCCUCUACAUCGCCACCGACGGCUCGGAGAUGCCGGCUGAGAUCGUGGAGCUGCACGAGAUCGAGGUGGAGACCAUCCCGGUGGAGACCAUCGAGACCACCGUGGUGGGCGGCGAGGAGGACGAGGAGGAGGACGAGGACGACGAGUGCUGCGAGGACUGCGGCCCGCACCACCCGCCCCACCGCCGCCACCACCACCAUCACCACCACCACCCGCCCAUGAUCGCCCUCCAGCCGCUCGUCACCGACGGGGACCCCAGCGGCGGCGGGGUGGGCGUCGGGCCCGGCGGCGGCCAGCUCCACCUGCACCACCACCCGCACCACCAGGAGGUGAUCCUGGUGCAGACCCGCGAGGAGGUGGUGGGCGGCGACGACUCGGACGGCCUGCGGGCCGACGACGGCUUCGAGGACCAGAUCCUCAUCCCAGUGCCGGCCCCGGCCGGCGAGGACGAGUACAUCGAGCAGACGCUGGUCACCGUGGCGGCGGCCGGCAGCAAGAGCGGCGGCGGCGGGGGCUCCUCGUCGGGCGGCGGCCGUGUGAAGAAGGGCGGCGGCGGCAGCGGCAAGAAGAGCAGCAAGAAGAGUUACCUGGCGGGCGGCGGAGGGGCCGAGGGGGCCGGCGGCGGCGGCAGGAAAUGGGAGCAGAAGCAGGUGCAGAUCAAGACCCUGGAGGGGGAGUUCUCGGUCACCAUGUGGGCCUCGGAUGACAAAAAAGACAUUGACCACGAGACUGUGGUCGAGGAGCAGAUCAUUGGAGAGAACUCGCCGCCGGACUACUCGGAGUACAUGACGGGAAAGAAGCUCCCACCUGGAGGAAUCCCAGGCAUUGAUCUUUCAGACCCCAAACAACUGGCUGAAUUUGCAAGAAUGAAGCCAAGAAAAAUAAAAGAAGAUGAUGCUCCAAGAACGAUAGCAUGUCCUCACAAAGGCUGCACAAAGAUGUUCAGGGAUAACUCUGCCAUGAGGAAGCAUCUGCACACUCACGGGCCACGAGUACACGUUUGCGCGGAAUGCGGCAAAGCCUUUGUGGAGAGCUCAAAGCUAAAGCGGCAUCAGCUAGUUCAUACCGGAGAGAAGCCCUUUCAGUGCACAUUCGAAGGAUGUGGCAAGCGCUUUUCACUGGACUUCAAUUUACGCACACAUGUGCGAAUUCAUACUGGAGACAGGCCCUAUGUGUGCCCUUUUGAUGGCUGCAAUAAGAAGUUUGCUCAGUCAACUAACCUGAAAUCUCACAUCUUAACACAUGCUAAGGCCAAAAACAACCAGUGAAACUGCAAGAAAAAAGGUCUUGAACUUAAAGCAUCCUACCUUACAGGAGAAUGAUUGGGAAUAAAUAAGCCUCCCCUUUAUAUAUUGUUUCUAGGAAAGAGUUUAAAAAGAAAAAAAACCUACACACCUAAAGGACUUGUUUUUGAUAAAGUAGCAAAAAUAAACUUUUAAGACUUCUUUGCUACAAUGCUCGAUUUUGCUCUGUAAUUGGUUUCGAGAGCAUGGUGUUUUUGUAAAGCGUGGCCCCAUCUGGAGGAGGCAGACAGUUCAUGGACUUGCAUCAAAGACAGUUCUUUCUACAACAGUGCUAAAAUUGGACUUUUCACCUUCUUAUAAAUAUGAAGCUCACCUGUUGCUUACAAUUUUUUAAUUUUGUAUUUUCUAAGUGUGCAUAUUGUACACUUUUUGGGGAUAUGCUUAGUAAUGCUAUGUGUGAUUUUUUUCCGGAGGUUGAUAACUUUGCUUGCGGUAGAUUUUCUUUAAAAGAAUGGGCAGUUACAUGCAUACUUCAAAAGUAUUUUCCUGUAAAGAGAAAAAAAGUUAUAUAGGUUUUGUUUGCUCUCUUUAAUUUUUUUGGUUGUAUUCUUUGAUGUUAACACAUUUUGUAUAAUUGUAUCGUAUAGCUGUAAUGAAAUCAUGUAGUAUCAAAUAUUAGAUGUGAUUUAAUAGUGUUAAUCAACCUAAACCCAUUUUAGUCACUUUUUUUGGGAAAAAUACUGCCAGAUGCCGAUGUUCCGUGUACUUUCUCUUUGCCUGUUCAGUUAAGGAAAGUGGUGCUCAGUUGUAGAAUGUAUUGUACAGGCACUGACCUUUUAACAUCACCUGAUAUGUACAUCCCGUGUAAUAGAGUGGGCAACAAUAAAACAGUGGUCCUGAAGAAAGAAUAUGGCAGAAAAAUUAUCUGUAAGCACAGCCUAUUUUCUUCUGUUGUCCAGAACAAAUUAUAGUUCUUUAACCUCCCAGGAAAUUGGAAGAUAAAUAAAACACAAGUUACCUUUAUAUUUGCUUGUUGCAUUUAAUCACAAGCGGUAGCUGUAACAUUUUUUUUUAAAAAAAUAGCAUUAUGCAGAUGCAGUGGGGAGUCAGAUCUCAUGCUGUCAAACCUCCCUCCCAUAGAGCAGAGUAUUGGGGCAUUGGCAGUCAAGUUUGAGCUUUCACUUUUUUCAGUGAACAAAUUAAUAGACCAGCGGGGCAGUUGAGUGAGCUCCCUUGCUCUUUUCUCAGAAGGUAAAGUGGCAGCAGUCAUUCCCGUUCCCUCCUAUUAGUGCUGCUGAUAGAGACUGGCAGGUGAAUCGUGAUCUCAGAAUGUCCUUUGUUUUGUAGCCAUUCCCUUCAAAUUCACUUUGUGUGAUAAGGGGCCAUGCUGUAGACAUCUAUAGAAAAGUCUGUGCAAUGGAUCAAUGUGUUUGCUGCCACAGUCAGCAGCUAUACUAUCCUUUAGAGUGGAUUCGUUGGAAUGGUCAGCUCCUUCCAUAGCUCAUAAAGCUAUGCUCAGCUUUGUUACAAAUGUUUAACUAUCUAAAAAUUUGGGCCAAGGAAAACAGAAUUCUGUACUAUAUAAAAUGCUUUAUCAAAUUUAUAUGCAUCAGAGGGCAGGCUGCUCAAGCCCUACCCUGACUCAGAAAUCUUACUCAGUUACUCCUCUAGCUUACUAAGUGCUAACCCACUUGUGUGCUUUUAAGCACAUUUGCAACCAGGACAGAGGGGAUCCUCCUUUAAAAAGUUAAUAUGCCCCUCCUCCUCUUCCCUUGUGUGUCUUUUCAGAUUGUAAGCCUGAGGGCAGGGCUCAUUUAUUUUUACUGAUGUUAAACCUCUUUGGAAGAUCAUUGUGAGGAAAGCAGGAUAUAAAUGUAACAAAUAAACUGAAAGCUGAAAUUGUCA